AUGCAAGACUCGGACCAGGAACAAAGCUCCCGGGAGCUGGAUUUAGAGGAGAUAACUAGGAAAAUUUCAUUUCUUGACAAAUGGCGGGAGAUCUUUAGUUAUUGCGGGUUGGGAACCAAUAAUGCAACUCCUCAGAAUCAUGACGGCAACCACGUAUCAGCUGAUGAAACUGAAAAUGCAACAGGGAUACCUCAGCCCAGGGGACAAGGACAUUUGCCAUCCAGUAGCCUUUGUUCUAUCCCCAAACCCUCUAUCAUCUCUUCAAAAUCAGCCGGCUCUCCUAUCUCCCCGGCAAUGGCCACGAAUUUACGGCAGAGCCUCUUUGGAAAUACUAUCCAUGUCUUCAGCUAUGACUGGAAAAAGGCCUAUUUCAGGUUCCAUGAUCCUUUUUCUGACCUGGCUUUCACUUUGGAAGUGGGAAAGGGAGGUGCCCGAAGCAUUCAGAUGGCAGUUCAAGGAUUCAUCAUCAAAGACUUGUUGUUUACCAGGAAGGGAAAGGACUGUAACUUUCACAGUUUGUGUGCAGUCAGCAAACAGGAGCAAGAGCAGGCCCUGGCUGCGGCACUGGCUGGCAUCCUGUGGGCGGCAGGAGCAGCUGAGAAGGCCACCGUCUGUCUUGUCACUGAGCACACUUAUGUCACCUCCAAUCCUGACUACUCGGGCGAUGAUUUCACCGAGCGGCUCCAGCUGUUUGAACUUUUAGAGAAAGAAGCCACUGAGAAAUUCAUCUAUGAUCAUUUACAAUGUUUCAAAGAGGAAGGAGGCCAUGGUGUCAUCUUGUUUCUUUACAGCCUGAUCUUCUCCAGAACAUUUGAAAGGCUUCAGAAGGACCUAGAUGCUUCCAGCACUCAUCUGUUACAACCACACGCUGGGGGCUUCCUGUGCAGGCAGGCAGUUUUGAACAUGAUUUUAACUGGAAGAGCAAGUCCGAAUGUCUUCAAUGGCUGUCAGAAAGGAAAGUCUCAAGAAAUAUUGCACGGGGUCCUGACCCGCAGUGACGUUGGAUAUUUGUGGUGGGGUAAGGACACCUCAGAGGAUGACAGGCUUUCACAGGUGGGCAGCAGGCUGAAGACUCCCAAAUUACCUAUUUGGCUAUGCAACAUUAAUGGAAAUUCCAGCAUCCUUUUUAGCACAAACAGGCAGCUCUUAUCAGACUGGAAAGUGGAGCGUCGCUUUGAUCUGUACUUUUACGGAGGCCAGCCCCCACAGAAGAAGCCUGUGCAGCUUACAGUAGAUACUCACUCCCAUCACUGGGAAAGAAACCAACCUGGAGAUGGACAUGUAGCAGGAAGACGGUUUUCUCCAGUGGAGAUGCUAAUCAGAACCAAGUGGAGAGAAGCCACCAUCAACUGGAAUGGAACCAUUCCCUUUUUCUAA